AUGAAUAAAGUGCCGCCUGAUGGAGGAUACGGAUGGGUUGUUACUUUCGCCUAUGCGUUGAAUAAUGUGGUGGUACUCCCGCUCGUAGCAGGCUUUGGUUUAAUUUUUCAAGAAGCGUUCGACGAAACGGGCUUAAGUGCCACAGAAGGAACACUUAUCAUUAUAUUAAAUCAUGGAAUUGGAAUGCUCUUAUCAUUUUUUGGAGGUCCAACAUUGAGUCGCUUUGGAUACAGAAAAGUAGCAGUUGUUGGUGCUUUAUUGGUUUCAUCCGGCCUUAUGUUAACUGCAGUUGCAUCUAGCUUUUGGAUAUUUUUAAUCUCGUACAGUAUUAUUAAUUCGAUGGGAAUUGCAGCAGUCAUGGCUGCAUUUUCUUUAGCGAUAAAUUCAUACUUCAAAGAAAAACGAGGACGUGCUGUAGGCAUCGGUAUGUCUAUAACAGGACUGGGAGCUAUUUACAUGCCUCUAUUAAUGAGCGUCCUUAUAUAUGCAUACGGCUGGAGAUACGCUGUUCUCAUUUUGAGUGCUGUUUGUUUACAUUCCCUAUUAGCAGCAUUUUUACUUAGACCGGCUAAAUGGUACUUAAAAUAUCCAGAAACUACAGAAGAAAUGGCUCCAUUAAACAAAGAUACUAACAUAGAAUUAGUUAAUGGGAGCAUUUUAACGUCCUCAAAACAUACAGGAACAGAAUCAUCAAUAAAAUUAGAUGAAUCUAUAGAGAAUGGUCUACCGCCACCUAAAAGUUAUUCUAUGCGAUCUUUACCAGACACUAAUGGUUAUAACGAUAGAAACGCCGUCUCUCACCCCGAUAUACGUAAAAAAACACCAGAACCGCCGCUUGCUGAAUCUAAAUACAAGUGGUGGGAAUCUCAAGAAAUAAAUUUGGGUAGUUCCAUUAAUAUAUUCAAUGAAAAAGACUAUAACAGAAAAGAUAAAGAAAUUGAAAAAAAACUUCCCGAAGAAAAACCGAAAGGAUUUGUGAAAAAAGUUAUAGACUUCUUUGACUUAACUCUUCUAAGAGAUCCUAUAUUUAUUAAUAUCUUACUAGGAUUGUCGAUGGCUUCGUGCGUCGAAACAAAUUUUUCACUAAUACUACCAAUUAUUCUUAAGGAUAUGUUACAAUUUGAAACAUCAGACAUUGCAAAAAUUAUGGCCGUAAUAGGAUUUUCUGACACAAUAUUCAGACUGGUGUCUGCAUUCAUUGGAGACUGGUGUCACAGACCUCCACGAGUGAUGUAUUCAGUAUGUCUGAUAGUUAUCAUCUUUACAAGAACAAUAAUGCUGUUCACUACAUCGUUUAGCGGCAUGGUAUUCGUAGCAUUAUUGAUGGGAGUGACGAAGGGUAUAAGAACUGUAUACAUGAACAUCAUAAUUCCGAACUAUGUACCACUUGAUCGGCUGCCGUUCGCUUCCGGCAUUCAAAUGCUAUGCAAUGGCAUCGUUAUCUUGACAAUUGGAUCAGUUCUAGGUCGUAUUCGAGACUUAUCUGGAUCUUACCGAAUACCUAUUCUAGUGCUCAAUUUCGUAACAUUUUUGACAAUUAUCUUGUGGAGUGCAGAAUUUCUCUACUUUAGGAUAAAGAACAAAAAUACUGAACAAACUUCUGAAUAGAUUGAUUUAUUGGAUAUUACAUUAGUUUCUUAUGUAUAUAAAAUAGCUAGGAUGUACAAAUUACACUAACGAGGGAAACAUCACUUUAUGCUUUAUAACUUAUAUACAGUACUCGUUGCAUUACAAAUUGUACAACACAAUAUAACUAUUUAAAGUUUCACGGUCACCCACACUAUUAUUAAAACAUAAAACGGAAUAUUUACCAUAAUAAACUCUUUGGUCAUUUAGAGUUCGAUAUUUUGAAUUUAAAAUGACAAAUGUCAAACAUAAGAAAAAACCCCAUUUUGCGUCUCAAUAAUGUUAUACAACACAACAGUUCAUUUAUUUACAAAUUAUUUUUAUUUACAAAUAUGAGGUUGUUAGUAAUUAUUAUAAAUGUAAAUAUUAUUAUCGGUUAAUUACAUUUUGGAUACCAAGCAGUAAUAACCUUGUUUAAAAUUAUUUAUUUAAUGUAUCAGUUUGGUAAAAUAAAAUGAUAAAAACUCCUUACUUUGGUUUAUAUUAUUUUUAAAUAUUUUAUACUAAAAUUGAUCAAAUUAAGAAGAAAGAAUACGCAAGAAAACGGUUACUUAUUCUUCGCAAUUUGUUCAUAUGUCUAUUAUGUUAAUUGCACUACUUGACUAAACACUAUACUAUUUAAUAUCAGUCAGUCAUAAUAAGUUACAAAAUUACGAAUGCAAUGUUCAUUUAUUUGUAUAUAGCACUUUACACUUUUUGGUGUCUGCAGUAAUAUAAGAUCCUUCACGUCUUAUUCGGAAGUGAUUGAAGAUUGUUCAGUCUGUAAAAAUAAAAUAAAAUGCAUUAACGACUAA